AUGCCUCUUCAACUGUUUGGCAGAGAUCAAAUUGUUGUACACUAUGAUAAUGACAAUGUCAUAACCGAUGACCGACAUGAGCGAGCUAUUUUAGGGUCUUGGGUGAGAAGGAUUGCAGCCACAUUCAAAACUUUGAUGAACAUGCGAAUACAACGCAUAACGCUUACACACUGGUUUCUGUUGGUAAUAUGGGUCACUAGUCUAUGGAAAUAUACUGGUCAUUAUAGACAGUUGUAUGCUAGAUCAGCCGUUUUCGCAACGCUAUGCACAAACAUUCUUCUAUUUGGCAUAUCCGAUCUACUGGCACAAAGCAUAGCUUGCUUUUACUCUUAUGACGUGGAUCCUAUAUCACAAAUACUCAACGAAGCCUUCCAUCAUGCUCAAGACAGCCCUGAUAUAGAAAAUGAUGGGGGCUAUGAAAGCGAUGAACUAUCCAUCUUCAACGAUUUCACCUCAGAACAUAGUUCCUACGCAGAGAACGACGAAAAUCCUGAGCUUGAUACGUCACCAGUAAAUUUCAAGACAGACACAUUUGACUUCUUCAGAUGGGGGUGUUUCAUGUUCUGGGGGUUUUUCAUAUCAUUUUUCCAAGCUCCUUGGUAUAAAUUCUUGAAUUUCUUCUACACUGAAGAUCCUACAGUGGUACAGGUUUUCGAGAGGGUGCUUUCUGACCAACUGCUCUAUUCGCCUGUAUCUCUUUAUUAUUUCUUCAUGUUUUCGAAUUAUGUGAUGGAAAGAGGUGAUAAGAACACCUUUAGUAAGAAAAUUCGAAGACUAUACAUAUCGACGCUUGGUUGCAAUUACCUGGUAUGGCCAAUGAUGCAAUUCAUUAAUUUUCUGGUGAUGCCAAGAGAUUUUCAAGCGCCAUUCAGCUCUUCUGUCGGGGUUGUGUGGAACUGCUUUCUUUCAAUGAGAAAUGCAUCUAGAUAG